GAUGGAUUGAUAGCACAACAGAUCAGGGAUCAUGUAGUGUGCAUAGAAGAUUCCUUCGUAAACUCUCAGGAAUGGACGCUGUCGCGUACGGUUCCCGAUCUGCGAUUGGGAAUCGUAGGAUCUUUAUCUUCGGGCAAGUCCGCCCUGGUCCACCGCUACCUCACCGGGUCAUACAUGCAGGAAGAGUCUCCAGAAGGUGGUAGGUUCAAGAAGGAGAUCGUAGUCGACAAUCAAAGCUAUCUGCUGCUUAUUAGGGACGAAGGAGGACCUCCUGAAUUGCAGUUUACUGCAUGGGUAGACGCCGUUAUUUUCGUCUUUAGUCUAGAAAAUGAAUCUUCGUUUAACGCCAUUUUCAACUAUUAUUCCAAGAUGUCUCAUUACAGGAACACCGCCGAAAUUCCUUUAAUACUGGUUGGAACCCAAGAUGCAAUAAGUGAAAACAACCCUCGAGUGAUAGACGAUUCGAGAGCUAGAAAACUAGCCAAUGACCUGAAGAGGUGUACGUAUUACGAAACCUGUGCUACCUAUGGACUUAACGUGGAAAGAGUCUUUCAAGACGCUUGCCAAAAAAUAGUCCAGCAAAGGUUAUCAGCUUCAACUCUGUGCCUAACUCCGACCAAUUCGAGGCCUUCGACACCGAACAAUCAUUAUUACCCAGGAGCGAUGUCCAUACAAAGGCAUCUAUUGCAAGGCAACAACGGGUAUUCUCAGCAUGGACAAUCACAGCCACAUAUGUCACCAGGACAUAACUACACCUUGUCCCAUAAGGAACCAACUAGUGUUCAGCAAGUCGAUUUACGUCAAGUCAAUACACUCAAGUCUAAUACGUCGAAUUUUAUCCAUCGAGAAAUUUCAGACAAUAAGGAAUUGAUGUACAAAUCGUCAGACGAAAAGUGGAACUCUUCAACGUCGACCAUCGAUAGCCAUGUGUCUUCACAGGGAGCAGUGGUACAAGCUCUGGAGAAUAACAACGUGGCGAAAUUCGCAGCUCCGCACUCGUUAGACAACCUCCAAAACGUCUCCAACGUGAAUAGCAGCUCAAAAGACAACAAGGACAUUCCCACACCUAACUCAACACCUACGACGUCCAGAAAAAGCCGUAGAAGAUCAAAUAUCUUUACACCUAGCAAGAAAGGAGACGACAAGCUCAAGAACUGCGGGGAUUUUGGCAGCGGGAGAGCCAUUCCUCUAAAGCAAGGUUAUUUGUACAAACGAAGCAGUAAACCUUUGAAUAAAGAAUGGAAAAAGAAGUACGUAACCUUGUGUGAUGAUGGACGAUUGACCUACCAUCCUAGUCUUCACGACUAUAUGGACGAUGUGCACGGAAAAGAAAUUUCUUUGCAGUAUGUUACUGUUAAGGUUCCCGGACAGAAACCUAGGGGCUCGAAGUCGAUCAUUACAGUGGCUGGUGGUGGGCAUAGUGCCAUAAAUGAAGGUGUUGGAGGAUUAUCUAUUACAGGUAAAGAACGGAAGACUUCUGAUAGAGUUCUUCUUGGAGCCUAUGAUCCGAGUAAAGACGUCAAUUCGAAGUAUGGAGCACAACAGCUUAGUGGAGAUGAGGGGAUGGUAUUGUCGAGCAGCAAUUCCUUCUUAAACGGCGAGAUUAUCAAAUCCGAAACGCCGCAUGUCAAAAAGAGACAUCGGAGGGUAAAAAGCAGUGGAGUGAAGAACGCAGAAUAUGACGAUACGGACGCCAAUGAGUUCUAUAUUGUCUCAUUGGAUAACAAGCAAUGGCAUUUUGAUGCUACCAAUUCAGAAGAACGCGACGAUUGGGUGGCUGCAAUAGAGCAGCAGAUUCUCAACUCUCUACAGUUGAACGAGACCUCAAAAGCCAAAACCAACCCUGUGGAAGCCUCGACGAUUCAGUCAAUCAAAACGAGGGUGCCUGGUAAUGGAUUAUGUGUGGACUGUGAUGCUCCAAAUCCUGAUUGGGCGAGCCUGAAUCUUGGUGUUUUGAUGUGCAUUGAAUGUUCGGGUAUUCACAGGAACUUAGGAUCUCACAUUUCCAGGGUUCGAUCAAUGGAUCUGGAUGAGUGGCCUCCUGGAAAUCUUGCGGUAAUGCUAGCGAUAGGAAACUCUCUGGCAAACUCCGUAUGGGAGUGCCAGAUCCAAAACCGAUCGAAACCCAAUCCCCAAUCCAGUAGGGAAGAAAGGGAGAAGUGGAUCCGAGCGAAAUAUGAACAUAAGGAGUUUUUGCCGCCUCCGAACAACACGAUGCCGUUAGGACAACAACUUAUAGAUUCUGUUUGUGCAUCAAACAUUAAAGGGAUAAUAAGUGUGUUAGCAAGGGCGAACGUUCAGGAAGUUAAUACAACUGUUGGACCUAGAGAUCUAAGGACGCCUUUACAUCUGGCGUGUGCAAUGGGAAACUUGGCAGUAGCUCAGUUGCUAAUCUGGCAUAACGCAGACGUGAAGUGCGUAGACCAGGACGGACGCACCUGUCUGGCCUACGCCAAGGCCGCAGCCAGUAUAGCAUUAGCAAAGUCCCAAAGUACACCUGCAGGUGGAGGAGGCGACCCAGACGUUUCAGCUGCUGCCUGCAAAGCUCUUGUCGACCUGCUUCUCUCGUACGGAUGCCCUGAGGUAACAACUGUGUCAAUCAGCGGAACGAUCCCGAGGCGGAGACCCACCAAUCAGACCGCGCCUGGCGGACAGUACAAUAAGAUGCCAUCUAGUGUGCUUUGAGCGAAAUGCCGGGAUGUAUAAAUCUGUUUUUGGGCGCUGGAACCAAAAUGUUUGAAAAUAAUUUAUUAAGAAGCCAAUGCUGUGCUUUUAGGCGUAAAAUUUGUUUUAUUAAAUAUUGGACAAGCAUGUGAACCGUCUUGAAACCGAAUCACUUAGCAUAAAACUCUUUGAUUCACGUAUAGACAAUCUUCAGAACUGUCUUAUUUAUUUUAAACUUAUUAACUAAUCAUUUAUUUAUCUCUACACCAGUAUAGAUUAACCGAAAGAACUCUAACUACACCAAUAGUAAACUAGUUAUUUUGUACCUGGUUCCAUGUGCCCAUCUCUAAUUAGAAGAGCUUACAGUACGACGAUACUGUGCAUGAUAUUUUUAAGGAGAUUUGAAAUUACCUGCGACUGAUUCGUGUAAGAUUUAACAAGAAAACUGCUUAAAACUCUCGUCUUUGGCCGAACUAUAGGUUUAUUUAAGAACCAAUGUGUUGUAAAGGCGAUUCAGUAAAACGGUACGAUUUGGCAACGCUGCUGAAGAUAAAAUAGAGCUGGCGCGGGCUUGCGACGUAAGCGUUGUGAAUCUAGAGAGUGGGAAGUUUAGUUAUCAUGGAGACGUAGUCGGGUGAACAACGCGCAUUUGCUGUGAAAGUUUAUUACAAAAAUGGUGAAGGUUUUGUGCGUGUACAACGAGCGUUUCGUUUAGACUACCAUUUGCCACCCCUCUCUGCAGAUCCGUCUAACAUGGCUAUUAAGACUUCUGUUAGGAACUUUGAAAGUAGUGGUUUAACAUCACAGAAAAGAGUUGGCAGUGUCAGAAUUGCUCGCACACCACAGGAUAUUGAAGCGGUGCGAAAUUUAUUACACGCACAUCCUCGAAGAUCCCUGUUAGAGCAGGACUAAUCUGUAAAAAUUACGUGUAUUUUUGGAUGUGAGAGGUGGCAUUCGGAUUUUUGCAGAUAAAGUUAGGUGACUUAUGCUCCUUCUCAAAUAUGCCCUGAACAUUAAUAAAAAAAUUAAAAUAUUUAAAAAUUUCGAAAAACAUCGAUUUUUUUCUGCUUUCUUUGCUUAUAACCUUAAAACGGUUCGUUUUGGAACAAAGUCGUAGAGAAAUAAAAUAAAGAUAAUUGAAUUUUGUAUGAUAUACGACUGGUCAAAAAUGUCUUAGGGUUAUUACCUCUUCUGCAAUAUACCAAUAAAUUCAAAAUAAGGGGGCAAAAUACGCCUGUUGUUAUUCAAUGUUUCUUAACCACUUUGGUGGCACUUAGAACCUUAGUAAUUCGCUUAGAAAAUUCUUAUAACUUACUUAAAUGGUCUACCAAAUUUCAUUAAAAUCGACCUAAUAGAUUUUGCAUAAUAAAUUUGCAAUGUAAAUGUUAUUAAAAAAGUUCAAAUUUUUUAAAAUCUUUCUGAACAAAAAGUAGACCAUUUAGAAGUUGGCUAAUUUUUUUACAUAUAAAGAGGUGCUCUACCUAUGUAAUACACUUUACAGAAUUAAAAUCGGAUUAUUUAAGGGGCCUCAGCAAUGUUUUAAAAUUAUAAACAAUUUUUUGGCUUAUAAACAAAUAGCUUUGUUUAAUAAUAGAAAAAUUAAUUUUUAGCAAUGCAAAUAAUUAAAACCGGUAUAAUUUGACUUAAACUUUCAAAUGUUGUCAGCACAAUUGCUAUUUUAGUUUUUAAGGGGGGGUAUGGUUUGAAAUAUUUAAUUUUUUUUAUUAUUUCAAAUAAAAGUGCAUACUUUCAAGAAUACACUGUGAAAAUUUCAAAAUAAUCGGAGUAAAAUUACCAGAGAUACAGGGUGUUGAAUAUCCCUACCUUCGACUCGCUUUGCCGCGACUUCGCGCCAGCACGCUUGAGCGUAGUGAGAAACGUUAAACAACUGUUCGCCUUCUCUUUUGUAGAUUAUUCCUCGAUUCAAAAAACAUAUUCCAAUGUGCAUCACUUUACGAUUUGGCAGACAAAUAAGAAGAUGAAGAUGCAGUUGUCAAAACUUAAAACGCAUUUUUCUCAAAACUGCUUUUUCAAAUGCGGUGGACAUUGUAACUGAAAAACUACUAGGCCGAUCUACCUGAUAUUUUGCACAGAUUUUCUUUAGACAUUUCAUGAGGUAACAACGUCGAGAUAUUUUUCUUUUUUUGCUUAUUUUUUGUUCAACAGUAAUAAAUCUGUUGAUUUUCACAAAAUGUUUACCAAAAAUUUAAUUUUUUUUUAGUUCUGAGUGAUACCAAAAAUUCAAAAAUCAUUAAAAAUAAAAAAAACUCGACGUUGUGACUCGUGAAACUCAUAAGCUAAUAAAAUAUUUUUGAAUUUUUUGUUUCGUAUGAUCGAGUGUCGAGUUCUGAUGUCCACCGCAAAAUCCAUUUUUUUGUGAGCUGCCUGUCAAAAUUUGUGACCAAUGAUUUUUCAAUAUUUUGGAUUGAAUUUUUUUCUAACAUAUUCUUUGAAUUGUACUUAAUAUGCUUAUUUAAUUUAAAAAUAAAAUAAUUCUACCAUAGCUUCGAAAAAAAUUCACAAAAAUGUGCGUGAUAUGUUGAUUUCAAACCAUACCUACCCCCUCCUUAAUCAAAAGUUAUUCUCGUUCAAAAAUUGCAAUUUUUCGAUUUUUUGAAUGUUCCACCGCGUUUAUCUCGAAAACUAUGCAUCCUACGAAAAAACUUGUAAGAUCAUUUUUUUGCUUAGAAUUACCCAAAAAAUACAAAAAAAUGUUUUAUUUUGCGAAAAAUCGAUGUUAUGGAAUUCCUCAAGUUCUUUGUUAAUAACAAUCUUAUCGACAUCCGGAUAAACUGUUACCCAAAAUAUUCGUGUUCUACGGGUCAAAAUACAUAAAAAAACUUGGGUAAGUCCAUCUAAAUAAAGGAGCCCGUAACACCCCCUCCUGGACACAGCACUAAUUUGUUUAUAAGCCAAAAAAUUGUUUAUAACUUUAAAACAUUGCUGAGCCUGCUUAAAUAAUCCGAUUUCAAUUCUGUAAAGUGCAUUAGAUAGGUGGAGUGCUUCUUUAUAUGUAAAAAAAUUGACAAAUUUUUGUAUGUUCUAGUUUUUCUUGUGAAAGAUUUUAAAAAAUUGUAAUUUUUUAAAAAAAGUUUAGGUUGCAAAAUUAUUAUGCAAAAUCUAGUAAGUCAAUGUUAAUGAGAUUUGUUGGAAGGUUUUAGCACAUUACAAAAAUUUUCUAAGCUAAUUAGGAAGGUUCCAAGUGUAACCUAAGUGAUGGAAAAACAUUGAAUAAGGACAGGCUUAUUUUGCCCCCUUAUUUUAUAUUUAUUGCUAUUUUACAGCAAGGGUGUAAAUUAAGACAUUUUUUACCAAUCGUAUCUGAUAAAUUUAAUUGUCUUUGUUUUAUUCCUAUACGACUUUGUUCCAAAAUGAAUCGUUUUAAAGUUAAAGCAAAGAAAGUAGAAAAAAAACGAAAUUUUUUGAAAUUUUUAAAUAUUUUAUUUUUUUUAUUAAUGUUCCGGGCAUAUUUGAGAAGGGACAUAAGUCAAUUAUUAUUAACGAAGUUAUCACCUAACUUUAUCUGCAAAAAUCCGAAUGCCACUUCUCACAUCCACCUAAAAACAGAUCCUUCCUGGUCUAUGCGACGACUCGCGUGUAAUGAAUUUUGCAUCGCUUCAAUAUUCUCUGGUGUGCGAGCAAUUCUGACACUGCCAACUCUUUUCUGUGAUGGUAAACCACUACUUUCAAAGUUCCUAACAGAAGUCUUAAUAGCCAUGUUAGACGGAACUGCAGCGCUGUUCACCAUUUUUGUAAUAAGCUUUCACGGCAAAUGCGCGUUGUUCACCCGACCACGUCUCCAUGAUAACUAAACUUCCCACCCCGCUCUCUAGAUUAACAAACGUCGCAAGCCCGCGGAUCCUCUAUUUUAUCGUCAGCAGCGUUGCCAAAUCGUACUGUUUCACUGAAUCAACUUGUAUAUUCCAUUGAGAUUACACCAAAUGAUACACCAUAUUGGUUCUGUUAUUUUCUGUUGUAUAUUUAGGGACGUGUGCAAAAUUUAAAAAAUAUAUACCAACUCGAAUAUAUAUUAUGUAUAUUUUUAUGUACUUUAUGCAUGUUGCUUCUGUUUAUAGGUGAAAUACUUUUUACCAUUACAACAUGCUGAAAAUAUCAAAAUUUUAUUUUCAAACAAUAAAUAAACGAUUAAUACAAUCGUUAUGCUCCAAUAAGAUUGUUUACAACAAUUUAGCAAACAAGAUUUUUAGCGUUGAGUCAACAAUGUAUUGAAAAAGUGGUUAUUUGAUAAUAAAAAUUGCCUUAAAAAUUUUUUUUGGGGGUUCUGUCUACAUUCAAACACAAGAAUAUUAUAUAUUUAGAAGCGACAAUUUUUUGAAAAAAUAAUUAAUUCGACGAAUUUUUUGUGGAGAGGGCCCUUUUUAGUUCCACGUUGUCUUUUUGGAUUAAUUAUUUUGUUAAAACAGUUCCUCACUUUGUGUAGGUAUGGUUAUAUUGGAAGAAUUUGGCUUGAAACCGAAGCAACACUUAACAAAUUGUCAAUUUAAUGUAUAUCUACGUACAUUUUUAAGAUACUUAAUUUAUGAUUAUUAUUUUUUAUGAUUAUAUAUUUAUGAAGAUAUUGUGUUUUAAAGUUUUUAUUUAUGUAUAUUUUUUAAUUUGGGUUUGAGCGACAGAAUUUGUCUUACAGUUUUAUUUAUUAAUGUCAAUAAUUGAAGUCUCAAGAGUAUCAUUUGAAAAUUUAAGAAAAAAACUUGAUCAUGUAUCUGCAACACUUUUGUUGGACAUGGUAAUUCUGAAUGAAACUGUAUUCCAAAUUCUCGGUUGUUUUCGCUAUAUGAGUAACAGUGACACCUGAACUAGUCCAAAAGGUAUAGGGGAGAGUGGGACAAAAUGGUUGGGUCUGGUGUUUUUUGUUUGUCUUUCAUCAAGAGAUAAUUUGCUGUGGAGGUGAAAACAGUUGAUCCUUGCGAAGGGGAGGUAACUUGUCUGAGGAGGUAUCUAAGGUAGUGAAUAUACAGUCCCUGGCCAUAUUAUUAUGACCACCUAUGAAUUUUUAUAAAAAUCAACUAUUCCACAAAGUACAUUUUAUUUAAAAAUUAUUUUUUAAUUUAAUAUUGUUAUGUACCUAAUGUUAAUGUUAUACAUUAACUAUAAUAUAUUUGGCUAUAUGGAGAUUUAAGCUAUAUGGAGAUGGUGGUCCAACUCUGAAUCGAAUAAAAACAAAAACUGCCUUUAUUAUUAUAAUAUAUUUGAUAAUAAGCAGCAAUAAAAUAUUUGAAAAUAUGACAUAUUUAUAUAUUUUUUAAUAUUUUGUUGAAUUCCUGACCUUAAGCACAUAGAAAAUAUUUGGGAGCUUUUGAAACCAGAAAUUUCCGGUAAAAAGGUCACAAACAAAAUUGUUUUGAUUGAAGAACUAAUAUCUCAUUGGAACCACAAUGACAAAUUGAAGCAAAACUGCAUUCAAAGUAUGCCAGACGGGUACUAGCGGUAAUCAAAGUUAAAGGGGGAUCAACAAAAUAUUAAAAAUUUUAUAAAUAUGGGAUAUUUUCAAAUGUUUUAUUGCUAUAUAUAUAAUAUAAUAUAUUUAAUAAUAAACAGCAAUAAAACAUUUGAAAAUAUCACAUAUUUAUAGUAUUUUAAUAUUUUGUUGAGCCCCCUUUAACUAUGAUUACCGCUAGUAAAGUUUAUCCACUAAUAAUUAUCCAACAUAAUCAGCAGUCAUAUUAAUAUCAAAGAGACCGGUUUUCGAAUCAAGGUUGUCAGAUAUAUGUAUUUCCUAAAAUUCCCAAGUUUAUAUAUUCUAAAAAUGUUUUCUCUACUUUAUUAUUCAAUAAUUAUUAGUCAAUGACACUGUUAAAAAGAAAUAUGAAAAUAUUCUUAAAAAAUAUAUAAAUUAAUUAACUAGGUACUUAAAAUAGUAUAAAAUUAGUAUAUAACCUAGUAUAAAAAGUAAUUCGUGAAUAAUUCCAUGUAUGUGCAAAGAUAUAAUGGAAGAACUAUAUUAAAAUUAGCCUAUUAUGUUUUGCAGAUGUUUACAGCUUCGUACCCAGGUGGCGCUACUAUAGUACUCAAUAUAAUAAAGCUAAACGGAGGUUUUAUAAAUAAGAUGUUAGUGAACCAUUUUAUCCUUCGUCUUCUUUGAGUGCCUCUCCUAUCGGAGAUUGGGUAUCAUUAGGGCGAUUCUAAUUUUAUUUACUGCUGUUUUGAACAAUUCGUUAGUGGUACAGCCAAACCACUCUCUCAAAUUUCUCAUCCAGGACAUUCUUCUACGGCCUGGAUUUCUUCGUCCUUGGAUUUUUCCUCGCAUUAUAUUUUGUAGGAAUGUGUACUUUUGUCCCCUCAUCAGGUGGCCUAAGUAUUCAAGUUUUCUCUUUUUUAUAUUCAGUAAAACUUCUGGCUCGUUAUUUAUUCUGCUUAUUACUUCUUCAUUUGUAAUUUUAUCCACCCAACUUAUUUUAAGUAUACGGCGGUAGCAAAAAUAUAUACCUCAAAGCUUUCAAGAUUUUUAAUAUUCCUCUGUUUAAGAGUCCAUGACUCAACACCGUAGAGCAAAGUACUGAAUACAUAGCAUUUUAACAUUCUAGUUCGUAGAUGAAUACUAAUAUCACGAUUACAAAAUAAUUUUUUCAUUUUUAUAAAAGUAGACCUGGCAAUUUCAAUAUGUCUUUUUAUCUCGUGAUGUUGGUCACCUGUUUCAUUGAUAAGGGUUCCCAAGUAUUUGUAUUCGUUUACUUUUUCAAGUUGGGUAUCGUUUAUUGUGAUACUAUAGUUUAUUUUUUAACCAGGAGGAGUAAACUAAAAAGACAGGUUCACACCCAAGAAAGUCACUAGAAUAAUAACCAAAUACAUCUUCUUUUUUGGUUGAUCUAGUCGGCCCUCAACGGUAAUCCAUGAAUAUUGUAUUCAGUUAAUACGUCGCUAAAGAGUUCCAAAAAAACUGCUUUUUAUAUAAAAGCAGACUAACAAUCUAAAAAUUAAAGGAAUAACACAAAAAGCACAAAAAUCGCCGAUAUAACUUAAUUAACCUAUGAAAUGUCACUAGUGUCAAAAUUUGAUAAAUCUCAUUAGUGUCAAAAUUUUAUAACAGUGGAGUAAACUUUCCUGUGGUUGGACCAAUUACAAACAAGCAAUACAGCGCGGUAAAUUUGAAUCGCUCCUCUUGGUUAAAAAACAAACCAUAGUGUCAUUUUUAUUGGAUUCUUACUGAAGGUCAUAUAUUUGGUUUUUUUGACGUUCAUCCUUAUAUAUAUAUAUAUAUAUCGGUUUUAAAACGUUCUCCUACGUCUUCCGAUGCCUAGUCGCCAUUCACUUCGGUCCAUCCAAAGGUCUUCAUCCAAUUCUCUUUCUCUCAUUUCUCGAUUUAUGCCUUCUCUCCAACUCAGGCGGGGUCUUCCUCUUUUUCGUCUACCAUGAGGGGUCCACGUUAGGAUUUGUUUCGGGAGUCGUUCUUCGGACAUUCUUUGUACGUGUCCAUACCAUCUAAGCUGUUUGGUACUAAUGUCAUCUACUAUUGUGUGUUUCACAUUCAUUAUUUCCCUAAUUCUGUUGUUGGUUACCCUUUCUAAUCUUGAUUUUCCUGCUGAGCGCCUCCAGAAAUCCAUUUCUGUUGCUUCAAGUUUUCUCUUGUAUCUUUCUUUUAUUUGCCAUACUUCACUGCUGUAAGUGAUUAUACUCUUAACAAUUGUAUUGUAUAUUCUAUGUUUGUUGUUGUUUGAUAUUGACUGGUCCCAGAGGAUGCUAUUGAGAAGGGUAAUUGCUUUUCUUCCCUGGUUGUUUCUUUCUUCUAUCGUCCGGUCUACGCUUCCUUCUUGUGUGAUGGUCAUACCAAGGUAUUUAUAUGCGUCGCAAUGUUUAAUAAUUUCGCCAUUCCCCAGUGUAAGGUCCUGCUGUGUCCCACCGAUACACAUAUAUUCGGUCUUCUUUAUGUUUAUUUCCAAACCACCUUUUUUGUACUCCUCUAUUAAUUUCCUUGUCAUAUAUUCUAUAUCAUCGUAGUCUUGCGCUAGUACAAGUUGGUCGUCUGCAAAUGACAACGUGUAUAUUGUAUUGUUGCUGAUCGGUAAUCCCAUGUUUUUGCAUUUGCGUUUCCAAAGUUUUAGAGUUUGUUCGAGGUAGAUCUUAAAUAAUGUCGGUGAAAGGCAGCACCCUUGUUUUAGGCCUUUGCUAAUUUGGAAUCCUCUCGAUAGCCUGCUUCCAACUUUCACCUUUGAUGCAGUUUUGGUAUACAAUUGUUUCGUCGCUGUUAUUAAAUUUGCGCUUAUAUUGGUUUUCUCUAAUGCUUCCCAUAAUUUGUUUUGUGGGAUGCUAUCAUACGCUUUUCUUAAGUCCACAUAUAACAGAUGCACCUCCUGGUUGACGGCCAGUUUCUUCUCAAUAAUCUGUGUAAUACAAAACAGAUGGUCAACCGUUGAUCUCCCUGCCCUGAAUCCUGCCUGUUCUUCAGCUUCUAUAUCUUUAUAUUCGUUUUCGAUUUUAUUUUUAAUCAGUUUUCCGUAUAUUCGGCUGAUCGAGUUCGUUACAGCGAUGCCUCUGUAGUUGUCACAUUGAUCCCGUCUGCCUUUUUUAUGUAUGGUGGAUAUCCAUGAUGUCUUCCAUUCUUCUGGGAUUUCCGCUCCGUUGAUGCAUCUUUGAAAGAGUUUAGCCAGGUUUUCAUAUAAUUUUGUUGUGCCAUAUUUUAUUAGUUCAGCUGGUAUGUUCCCUGGUCCUGGUGCUUUGUUAUUUUUUAAAAACUUACAUACUUCUUCUACUUCUUUUGUUGUUACCCGUAAUGGUGAGGCUAAGAUAUUUACAUUGCUGGUAUCACUGUUAUUUAAAAAUUCCGCUCUGUCCUCAUUUAGGAGUUUUUCAAAAUAUUCGUCCCACGUUCAUCCUUAUGCCGUAGUUAUUACAUAGCUCAUUCAUACUUUCAACUAGAUGUAGAUCUUCCGCUGUUCUUGCCAUUAUCACAGUAGCGUCAGCAUAUCGAAUGUUAUUGAUAACUUCUCCAUUGACUAUCCCUUCCUUUGCAUAUGAGAGAGCUUCUUGGCAUAUUUUUCGCUGUAGAUGUUAAACAAGAGCGGUGACAAUAUACAACCCUGUCGUACCCCUCUUCGUAUUUCUAUUUCGUCCGAUGUUUGGUCUUCUAUUUUUAUAUUAGCUCGCUGAUUCCAGUACAGAUUUAAUAUUAUUUGUAUGUCUCUGGUGUCAAUGUUCUUAACCUACAGGAUUUCUUUGAGUUUACUGUGGCGUACUUUGUCAAAGGCCUUUUCAAAGUCUAUAAAGCAGGCGUGUACCUCUUCGUUAACAUCUAGGCAUCUCUGUGUUAGAACGUUCAAGGCAAGGAGAGCAUCCCUUGUACCUAAUCCUUUUCUGAAUCCCAUCUGUGUAUCGUUAAUAUCGAUGUCUAGUUUUUGAUAGAUUCGGUUGUGGAUGACUCUAAGAAAUAUUUUAAGCAGGUGACUCAUCAAGGAGAUUGUUCGAUGAUCUGAACAUUGCAUUGCCUUAGUUUUCUUCGGUAUGGUGACAAACGUAGACAGCAACCAUUCUUGCGGUAUUAUACCAGUACUAUAGUUUAUUUUUUAACCAGGAGGAGUAACCUAAAAAGACAGAUUCACACCCAAGAAAGUCACUAGAAUAAUAACCAAAUACAUCUUUUUUGGUUGAUCUAGUCGGCCCUCAACAGUAAUCCAUAAAUAUUAUAUUAAAUUAAUACGACGCUAAAGAGUUCCAAAAACAACUGCUUUUUAUAUAAAAGCAGACUAACAAUCUAAAAAUUAAAGGAAUCACACAGAAAACACAAAAACUGCCGAUAUAACUUAAUUAACCUAUGAAAUGUCACUAGUGUCAAAAUUUGAUAAAUGUCAUUAGUGUCAAAAUUUUAUAGCAAUGGAGUAAACUUGCCUGCGGUUGGACCAAUUACAAACAAGCAAUACAGCGCGGUAAAUUUGAAUCACUCCUCUUGGUUAAAAAACAAACCAUAGUAUUGGUUCAUUUUAUCCGACUUACCCCUAUUCAAUCAACUGCAUUUGGACGGAAACUCUUAAUUUGUACUUAAAGAAAGCUUUGCUCAGUUUUUAUGAUUUUUUUUAUUCUAAAAAAUUUUAUACGUCUACUGUUACUCUAUAGGUAUGUCAAUAUAUCAGGUUUAUCCCUUGUUUUUAGAUCAAUAUGACUUGAUCAACAUGAAACAACCUGAAAUGAAAUCUUUUCAAUCAGAAAUAUUUAAAAGAUACUCCUGAUAUAUGAAUAAAGGCUUUUGUACUUAAAUACUUGUCCAUUGACCGUUUAGGUGUAUAUAAUGAAUGUUUUGUGUAUAAGUACGCAUAUUCGAAGGUUAUGUCUAUUAUAUAUCGGUUUUAUUUAACAGGAAACCAAUGGUGGAUAAGGCCGAAGGCUUUACCAUGAAUAAGAAAAUGAAGCCAAUAUUUAGGAGAAGAAAUACGGGUAAAAUACGGCGAAAGGAUGAGAAAGCAAUAAUUAGAGAUUAGUCUAUUCAUCUGAGAUCUCCUUCGGUCUAAUCCGCUUAUUGUUAAAUCCGUGAAAUCAUUUUCUGUAAAAAUGUAUAUUGGCUGGAGACGACAAGCAUCUUUACUACAUGUUAUUGUGACAAUUAAUGGAUGUUAAAACCUUUGCAAGAAACAAUCAUUUUUGUUCGACGUAACUCACUGUUUUCAGCACUGAUCGAUUUUACAUGAUUUUUUAUUGCUAUUAGUACGAAAAUCACAAGAUUAGCACUGUUUUCUAGGGACUAAAAGCAGGCUUUUUAUUCUAGGUAGACCAGUCAUACGAAAGCUACUAUCGUCGCAGCUUUCCUUUAAAAAAACUUCUAGCUUCAGAGAUAUUGUCUAGGACAGUGUUUUUCAAUCUGUGGGUCGCGACCCCAAGGGGAGGGGGGUUGCGAAGACUUACUCGGGGGUUCUCCGACUGAAAUAAAAAGUUGAGGUUCUUAAAACACAAUUUUAGUGGGAAGGAUGUGCUUGUUUGUUUUUUAAAAGUGUAUCAAAUUGUGGCACUAUUUUUGAAAGGUUACUAAUCAAAUCAUUUUCUAAUUGCAGUCUAUUUCUCUUUUUAGUUUUAAUGUCUACUAUUGAAAAAAUGUCAGUUCACACAAGUAUGAAGUUGCGAAGUGCUCUAAUAAUUUAAAAGCCACUCUGAAUAUUGGUGUUUUAUUUUUAUCCAAAAUUCGUCGACUCUUUGCGAAUAAAAUUCUAUUGUAAGCAUGCCAUCAGCAGCUACAUCUAGAAGAAAUUAUUUCAUUUUUUUGUUGACAUCACUCAGAUCUACUGAUGUUUCCAAAAUUCAUCUACGCCUAUUUUCAGCUUCAGAGUGCAACUCUGGAAAGUAUGUCAAAAGUUGCUCUUGUAAAUUAUGCAAGCUCUGUAUAAUGCAAGGAAUAUGAGCCGAUACUGCAAAACUCUGGUCUGUUGCAUUAUCUUCAUUCUGAACACAUGGAAAAGACUCUCUGUUUUGCAGAGAGGUUGACCACAAACGAAGUUUUGUGUGAAAUGCUUUUACUUUAUCUUUAACUGUUAUAAUAUUCUCUUCUCUUCCUUGAAGGUUCUUGUUCAAAUUGUUAAGGUGACGAAAAAGAUCUGCCAAAAUGCUAAUUGCAACAGACAAUAGGGCCAGAAAAACCGUAAGCAUAUUGUAAUAUUCAAACGAGCGUUCGUAUUUAUUUACGACUUUAUUAUUUAUUUAUACAAGUUUUCUUUACAAAUAUAUAGCUUAAACUAACUGUAUUUACAAAAUUCGUGUCGUUAUAUACUCUAGCCGUUAUUCUGGAACAAUCCACACUCAUCUCUACCACUCGUCCAUGCUCUGUCGGCGCGCCUACUUGAGGUACGUUCUCGAAUUAUUUUUACCCCUCCGCCGACGCCUCGAAUUUUCGAUUGCGUCAUUCUCGAGUUGUGUACCGUUAUACGGGGGUCGGCCAAGAGUUCUCUUUCGUUACAAUAUUUAGAUUUUGCAUCUUGUAAGAACGUUAACAAUUUCAGCUCUCAGUUCCAGGACUCUUAUCAAUACCUUUCUGUUGGAUAGCCAACUGACCUCUGUGUGAUAAAGGAGAUUUUGAUGAGGCGAGUCCAUAUCUUCACAAACGAUUCUGAAUAGCCGGGUUUGCCAAGCUUUACCUUUGAUAGAAUUUACAAUUUUUAUUACCUCCUUGAGCACGUUAUUUAUAUCAGAAGGUACUACCUUAGAGCCUGUCGAUGAAGAAAACAGUGUUUCCAGGAUAUGUUUGGCAUUAUCGAUUUUAUUUUGCAAUGAACCCGCUAUUUUUGCCAUUCAUAGCUUUAACGUCAUCGCUACAAAUAGAAAUAUAUUUUUCCCAAUCAAUGUUGUAGUUGCAAGGGCUUCCUAAAAACAUAUCUAGUCCAUUCUUUCACGGUUUUUGUUCUAAAUUUUAAAGAACCGCUUGGAUUGACAUGAAAUUUGACAUACGCAUAGCUUACAUGUCAAAGAAAAAAAGUGAUAUUGUGCCGACGUGUGCUUUUGCCCUGGGGGUGACUUUCACCCCCUAUUGGGGGUGAAAAAAUAUAUGUCCAAAAUAAGUCCGGAAAUGGGUUAACUGACUAAUUUUAAGUAACUUUUGUUCUAUAGAGCUUGUUCGCCAAGUCAACACUUUUCGAGUUAUUUGCUAGUGAAUAUGUUCAUUUUUCAACAAAAUAAUCACAUUUUUAGACGGUUUUUCGCAAAUAACUCAAAAAGUAAGUAUUUUGUCGAAAAAAACGUUCGUAGCAAAAAUAUAGCUUAUAAAAAAGUAAAAAAAAUGGUGUACGCGUUAGGUCUCUGGAUCUCGUAGAACCAGAGUUAUAGCCAAUGAAAAAUAGGUUAAUAUUCACCAAAUUUCAAAUUGAAUAUUUCGACGUGAAAUAUCCAAAAAAUUAAGCACUUUAUUAGCUUUAUUUAUAAAGCUUUAUUUCUGUUUUUACAAAAAGUUUCUAGCAUUAAAUUUAAGCAAGUUACGCUCAAAAUAAAGUUGGUUCCUUUUGUUUUUGCAAAAAAAAAAUCGGGAAGACCACCCCUAAUUAGCAACUUAAAUGAAAUUAAUCGUUACCGCUCCACAAAUUAUUUUACUUAUAUUGUGUUUAUAUAAUCUGUAAGUUUCAUCGAUUCAAAGUGCUUAUUUUUGAAAAAAUUUGGGUUCAAAGUAAAAUUUUUAAAAAUUUAAAUUUUUAAAAAUAUGCUUUUUUUCAAAAUAACUUAAAAAUUGUUAGAGAUACCAAAAAUCCCGAAAAACAAAAAAAAGUCAGAUUUACUUUUCUGAAUAUCAUGUAUUUUUUUGUUUUUCUGUUAGACAAAAAUUGAUUAAGAUUUGGUGUUUUUAAAUUUGCAUACAUUCGUGAUCUGUGACUCGUUCAACCCCUUUUAACUACAGCCCUUUCAAUAAUAAGGAGUUUGAACCGAUGAAACUUACAGAUCAUAUAAACAAUAUAUACACGAGUCAAGAAACUUGUGAAGUCGUAACGAUUAAGUUCAUUUAAGAUACUAAUUAGGGGGUGAUUUUCUCGAUUUUUUACCAAAACCAAAAGGGACUAACUUUAUUUUGAGCAUAACUUGUGUAAUUUUGAUGCUAGAAAUUUUUUUUAUAAAACAAAAAUGAAGCUUUUUUUAAACACUUUAAAUAAGUUGUAAUGAGUUUUCCCCGAAAUGUGCUUCAUUUUUGGUUAUUUCACGUUAAAGUAUUCCAUUUGGAAUUUGGCCAAUAUGAACCUAUUUUUCAUUAGCUAUAACGCUGCUUCUACUAGAUGUAGAGACGUGAUAUAUACACCAUUUUUUAAAAAAAAAUUACAGGCUAUAUUUUUGCUAAGAAUGUUUUUUCGACAAAAUACUUCUUAUUUGAGUUAUUUGCGAAAAACCGUCUAAAAGCGUGGUUAUUUUGUUGAAAAAAUGAACAUAUUCACUGCCCAAUAACUCGAAAAGUAUUGACUUAGUGAAAAAACUCUAUAGAACAAAAGUUACUUAAAAUUAGCCAGUUUAUCCAUUUUCUGACUUUCUUUGGACGAAUAUUUUUUCACCCCCAAGAGGGGGUGAAAACCACCCCCAGGGCAAAAGCACAUAUCGGCACAAUAUCACUUUUUUUCUUUGACCUUUUAGCUAUGUGUAUGCCAAAUUUCAUGUCAAUCCAAGCGGUUCUUUAAAAUUUAGAGAUUUUGCAAUAUUUUACCGUUAAAGAACGGACUAAUCGUACAAAUACUGGCCAGUAGUGUUUGCAGGAAGUGCUUUGCAAAAUAAGAUUUCUUCCAUAAUAUUGUCAUCUGCUUCAAAGUGCACAAAUACUUCAAACUGUGCACAGUCGGAAACACCUGUAGAUUCGUCAAAUUGCAAAGCAAAAUGUUGGUUGUCCUUUAAUUUUUGGCCCGCGUGAAUAAAAGAUAAAUUUACCAAAAUAGGAAAAAAUUAUUACCUAACGUAUGUAGUUUUUAAUUAAAUUAUUUCUUUGGCUUGCUAUGACAUCAGGGGGUCGCCAGAAUAUUUCAACCUGUAAAGGGGUCGCAAAAUCCAAAAGAUAAAAACACUGGUCUAGGAUAUUAUUGUAGUUAAAGUUGUAUUGGAUAGUUUUUUUGUAAAACUGAACCAGAUAUUAGGUGCAUAGUUAAUAACGGGUGAUUCAUUUUGAGGUACUUUUAAAAAAAAUUCUUUACAAUAAUUACUUCUUAAGACAAUUUCUUUUAAAUAGUGACUGCGGUAAGUAUGGUCCAUUCUGAAGUUCCAAUUCUGGAUGACGCGUUCAAGCAUUUCGAUUGGUAUUUGACUAAUGACUAGAGUAAUAUUGGCCUCCAAUGCUCUAAUCGUAGCCUGUUUAUUCAUGUCGACUUCGAAUUUUAGGCAGCCUCAAAGGAAACAGUGAGGUGUGAUGUCAUAGGAUCUAGGCGGCCAAUUUACUGGUCUGAAGCGUGAAAUAAAUUGUUAACCGAAUCGUUCUCGCAGCAAAGCCACGCUUUAGCGGGCUGUAUGACAAGUGGCGCCAUAUGGUUGGAACCAAAAAUGUCGUCGAGACCACGAGCUUCAAUUUCAGGCACCAAAUAGUCCAUUAUCAUAGCGCGAUAACGGUCUCCAUUAACAGUAACAUUGUGGCCGGCCUCUAAGGAAAUAUGGACCGACGAUUUCACUGGCUCAUAAAUCACACCAAACCUUUGUUUUUUUUUGGGAGUAAUGGCAACUCAUAAACCCCUUCUGGUUGCUCAUAACCUCAAAUAUGUACAUUUUUUUAGUCACGUACCCAUUAAGCCACAAAUAGACCUCGUCAGAAAACCAAUUUUUUUUUUAAAACCGUGUAUCUUCUGCAAUCUUAUCAAGGGCCCAUCGACUGAAACAGUGACGACUCAGAAGGUCGGUCGGCAGAUCUUAUACUAAUUAAAUUUGUAUGCUCCUAAACCUAGAAGCCUUUGGUAAAAUAUGCCAAAUUGUUGCAUACGACAAGCCAAGCUGUUGAGAACGGCUCGAUUCUUCAUUAUUUUUGCGUACACUAUCCGCUACCGCCGCCAUAUUUUCUUCAGUAUGUGCUGAAUGUGGUAUAUGUGGUCGCGUGUUAACCAAUAUUGAAAACUGGGUUUGAAACUUACUGAUGGUAUAGCGAAUUGUGCGUUCGGUAGGUGCUGUGUCUUUCCAUGAUGAAAUGUCAAACAAUAUUGAACAAAAACGCAACGUCAGGUCACACGAUUCAUGCACGAACUCGUUUUCAUGACGUUUUUAUAUCUAUCCAGCCAACCUUGACUGGCAGUGAAUUUUGGUUCACAAUCAGACAACAUUUUAUUCAGCUUGAGUGCUGUUUCUUGAAUAAUAUUGGUCCAGACACUAGUAAACCACGUUUCCGUUCCGCACAAAACCACACAUACAAAGCGUUGUCGAGAGUCUCAUUUUUAGCUUUCUUAGCUUUGCACCGAUUGUCUAAACAGUCUUUUGUUAUCAUUUUGAAACAAAAUUCUUCGAUUUUAGUUCUAUUUUUCUUCCAAUACGAUACUGUAGAUGUACCGACACCAUAUGAUGCUGCAAUUGUUUUUAAAGAUUCGCCUUUGUCAAUCCUACCUAAUGCUUCUAGUCUCUUUUCCAUUGUCACUACAACAUUUUUACGUUUUGUUGCCAUUACGUAGACAAAACAACACGCAAACACAAACCUAUCUGAAGCUCCAUUGCAGAACGGAAGCGAACAAUACGACUGUACUACACACAAUACGGUCACAAUCGGAACGAUGUUAUGUUAUUUAAGAACAGUGGAGACUAAGCCCAUUGUUUAAAAAAAACAAUUUACAUAAUCUUUUAGUCUUUUUUAAACAAUGCUAAGACAGUUUGAAAUAAAUAAAGGAAUACAGGUGCCUGUUGUUUCCGAUAAUCCUAGACAAUGAACGUCGCUCUGCCGCCGUGUGCCAUGAGUCAUUUUCACUAUCGUACAGUUCAAAUUACACAAAUACACAUUAUCUCUCAAAUAUUAUAUUACAUACAUUUUUAUUGUUGAAAUGUUUGUCUGAUGAAAAUCGGUCCGGGUUAGCCGGACUUCCGGGUUAUCGGGGGCCGACUUAUCGGGAUUCCACUGUACCCCUAAAUGAAUCACCUAUUAAAAAGUCUCUUAAAGUCGUCAUUGUUAGUGUUAUCCAUUCCGAUUUUUUUGUAACCUAUUAUUAUUUGGUUUUCCUUUAUAUAAAAUGGUAGUCAAUUGCGCUGCUCAGAAAAAAGUCUGUUUUUAGCAAAUUUGUAGAUUGGCAAUUGUGAUUGUGACUAAAACUACUGACAUUACCUCGUUGUAAGAUGUUUUAUUAAUAAUUUAGCUCUAUUUCUAUAGAUGACUUCAAAAACUACUUUUUUAAGAUAUUUGUUGGUUGAUUACACCACAAAGAAUAAUAAUAUGUAUUUAAUGAUGACGGCGGUGAAUAAAUAACAAAGAGGAGUCAGUAUAUGACGAUAAAAGUUAAAGUAGUUCAUAUAUGGAACCCAAUAUGAUGCAGCUGUUUUGUUGAUUUCUUUUUUGAUUAAUCUGUCACAUAAAAUAUUUUACUUUUCUAAAUAUUUUUUAAUCUGUUGGAAAAUUGAUAAAACUUAAGUGAAUUAACUCCAAGUUGUUGCAUUCUAGAUUUGUGUGUAAUUAUCACCUCCAAUGAUUUAAUUAUUUACAUUUCUGUGGUAUUAUGUAAAAAAAUACCGGUAAAUCUUAAGAGAUUAGUUUUUGUCGUUGAAAGUGUUAUGUUGUUAUUUAUUACUCUUGUGUCUAUCAUUUAUGUUGAAUAUUUUAUGCAGCUCUGAUCAAAAGUUCGUUAUUUUAUUUCAUAGAUUAGAAAAAUCACCGCAGUGCCAUACAAUGGUGCAAAAUCGAAGCAUUUUGAAGUUUGGAUGUGAGUAUAGCCGUCAAAGUCAUUGUUCAUGUAGUGAACCAUCAUUUUAGAGAUGAAAAUGACUAAAUUUGUAUUGAUCUGACCUAAUUGGUGAAUUUUAUAGAACCUAUAAAAUAAACAUUUGGUAAAAAUUCAUUUUAUGGAUGAAAUAUAGGACACUGUUUUUUAAAAACUUACAAAUUCUUGAUAGUCUAUUUACACCUCUAGUUUUGACGUCAAGAUACGUUUCCCAAGUGAAAUAUUUGUGUUUUUGAUUCGUUUUUUAAUAUAUUUUUAUUCCUAUGCCAUUUUCAGUUUCUUAUACAUAUUAAAUGGUCUGCAGAGUACAUAUUUCUUCAAAAUUUAGUAACAAUUUAAUAUCCAGUGCCUUCUCGUUUAAUUUCUUUGAUUAUUUCAUUGCAAUGUAUGAACACGUGGAAUUAUAACUUUAUGUGGAUGCUUAUCUGAGAACAUCUGAUUUUUUAAGUAUAAUUUUAUUAUUCUUUUUUAACACAGCCAAUGAUUUUUUUUUGGUGUUAACAUUAUAUAAGACUGUAUAAGGGAAUUGAUCAAUUGUCCGCUAACAAAAAAACGUAUAGAGGUAACGAACUUUUGGUCAUAUUUGUAUAAUCUCACCAAAGAGUUUGUAUGUAUAUUAUUUUUAUUUUGUGUAUAUAAUGACAAUUAUGUACAGAAAUUUAUAUAUAUGUUGUUCUUCCUUAAUAAAAUGUUCCAAAUAG